AAUAGUAACUACAGAAAUAUAAAUUCUAUGUAUUAGGUAAAGAUAUUAAUAGAAAUAACUAAUUAAUUGUUACAGGCAAGUGGUAACUGUCUCUUGUUUAUUGACACACCUCUCUCAGGGAUAAAAUGUGCUAUUUGGCUCUGACAACCUCCCCUCCGACAGCAAUAUGCCUGGACCUGCUCUUGAUCGACUUACUCUAACAGAGGAAUUCCUAUUUGCUCGGUGCAACACAUUAAGUACUUGACUGGAACCGAUGGCUAAAGGGGUGCUGAGCUGUCUGUUAGUGUGCGUGUGUUCCUUGGGGGUCACAUGGCUUUGUUGGCUUCCCUGGGCAUGGGGGCUGCUGUCUGGGCUGGCUCUUCACACUGCCUGGGGCCGGCCCUGCCGCUUCCUCUAUGUCGCUUGCCGGACCAUCAAGAGAGAUCUCAUGUGCCUCGCUGCCAUUCUGCGGGUGAAGUCCUCCCUGCUCCGGCACCGAUGCAACCACAGCUCCAUCCCCUCUCUCUUCUCAGCAGUGGUGGCGCUGCAGCCACACAAGCCUGCCCUGAUCGACGAAGCCACAGGAGAGGUGUGGAGCUUUAAGGAUCUGCAGGAGAGGAGUCAUGCCGUGGCCCACUGGGCCUUGCAGCAGGGCUUGGUAGAGGGGGACGUUGUGGCCUUGUACCUGGGAAGCUGCCCGAUGCUGGUCUCUCUGUGGCUGGGUCUGGCCAUGGUCGGCGUGGAGGCUGCCCUCAUCAACCACAACCUGCGGCAGUCCUCGCUGCUGCACUGUGUGGCCGUGGCCCAGCCACGGGCCAUGGUGUACGGGGCAGAGCUCACGCGAGCGGUGUUGGAGGUGAAAGCUUCCUUGGAGCCCUCCAUGGGGCUGUUCUGCACAGGGCUGCAGGAGGACCAGCGGGCCAGGUCCAGUUUAGGGGCUGAUCACCUGGAUCCCAUGCUGGCCUGCUCCCCUACAGCUGCACCCCCAUACACACUCUGCAAGGGCUUCAAUGACAGGUUGUUUCUGAUCUACACCUCAGGCACCACAGGGAUGCCGAAAGCGGCCAUAGUGGUACACAGUCGAUAUUACCGUAUUGCUGCUUUUGGUUUCCACUCCUUUGGCCUGAGAGGUGAUGAUGUCAUCUACAACUGCCUCCCCCUAUACCACUCUGCAGGUAGCAUCAUGGGAGUCGGACAGUGUUUGUUAUUCGGGCUGACCGUUGUCAUCAAGAGAAAGUUCUCUGCCAGGUGUUUCUGGGAUGACUGUGUCACAUAUAAAUGCACUGCGAUACAAUACAUCGGUGAGAUCUGCCGCUACCUGCUGGCGCAAGAGGUCCGCCCCUCGGAGGCGAAGCACCAGGUGCGCGUCGCCAUCGGCAACGGACUCCGCCCCACUGUGUGGGAGAAGUUUGUCAAGAGGUUCCGGAUCCGCCGGGUUGGGGAGUUCUACGGUGCCACCGAGUGCAACUGUAGUCUCAUCAACAUUGACGGAAAGGUGGGGGCCUGUGGUUUUAGCAGUCGCAUUCUGCCCAACUUCUACCCCAUCCGGCUGGUGAGAGUGCAAGAGGACAGCAUGGAGCUGAUCAGGAACGCACAGGGGCUCUGUGUAAGAUGUACUCCUGGUGAGCCGGGGGUGCUGGUGGGUCGCAUCGACCAGACUGACCCCCUCCGGCGAUUCGACGGCUACGUAGACUCGGAGUCCACGGCUCACAAGAUAGCUCACAGCGUCUUCACCGCGGGGGACUCUGCCUACGUCUCAGGAGACAUGCUGGUGAUGGACGAGCUGGGCUACAUGUACUUCACGGACCGCGGCGGCGACACGUUCCGCUGGCGGGGGGAGAACGUCUCCGCCACCGAACUGGAGGGCGUCCUCAGCGGCCUGCUGGGCCAGGUGGGCGUGGCCGUCUACGGCGUGGCCGUGCCAGGUGUGGAGGGUAAAGCCGGCAUGGCCGCCAUAGCAGACGCAGACAGACAGGUGGACGUGGGGAACUUCCUGCGUGCCGCGGAGAAAGCCCUGCCCUCGUACGCUCUGCCCGUAUUCCUCCGGCUCACGUCAACCCUAGACACCACAGGCACCUUCAAGAUUCUGAAGAUGAGACUCCGACAGGAAGGAUUCGAUCCUGGGCUCUCCACCGAUCCCAUCUUCUAUCUCAAUAGCCGGGCUGGCUGCUAUGAGGCUCUGUCACCACGACGAUACUGUGAUAUCACUGCGGGGAGGGAGCGUCUGUAACACAGAAGACCAUAGCAUGAAGAUAGCAGCAUCAACCUGUGUUUAAAUAGAGAACCAAGCCCAGUCCUUUCUUGUGCAUGAGGCCUUGGAAAUGUGGAGAUUGUUCCGGUAUUGUAAUGAUAUCAAAUGAAAGACAAUAAUAAAAGCGGAGCAGAAUA